GGCCGGCCCGAGGGAGAAGCGCCGCGACCCGGCGCCGAGGUGACCUGGGCCCGGAGCGCGGACCCUGGCUCUGAGAGCGACCCCGGACCGAGCGCGGACCCCAGCCCCGAUACCGGCCCUGAGCGCGGCCUCGCCGGUCCUGGCUGCCGGGCCGCGGGCAUGGACGGCGCCCGUUCACCCUAGAUGGACGACGAUGGCGGCCGCCGAGAAGCCCCCGGCGCACUGAUGGAGGCCGGGCGCGGUGCGGGGCCCGCGGGCAUGGCGGAGCCCGCGGCGGUGCCGCGGGCGCGGGCGGCGCGGCCCGGGCCCCAGCGUUUCCUGCGGCGCAGCGUGGUGGAGUCGGACCAGGAGGAGCCGCCGGGCCUGGAGGCUGCCGAGGCCCCGGGCGCGCAGCCCCCGCAGCCGCUGCAGCGCAGGGUGCUGCUGCUCUGCAAGACGCGCCGCCUCAUCGCUGAGCGCGCCCGCGGCCGCCCGGCUGCCCCCGCUCCUGCCGCGCCUGCAGCGCCGCCGGGCGCCCUUGCCGACCCGGUCCCCGAGCCUGCUGGCACGCAGGAGCCUGGCCCAGACCCCGCGCCCACGCCGGUCCCGGACGGUGGCCCUAGCGAGGAGGAGGCGGAAGCUGCGAAGAAGGAGGACGCUGGGGCGCCCGAGGCGAGGCCUGAGCUCGGGCGCACACACCGGGAGGAGCCCGAGGAGGAGGAGGACGACGAGGAUGACCUCAAGGCCGUGGCUACCUCCCUGGAUGGCCGCUUCCUCAAGUUCGACAUUGAGCUUGGCCGAGGCUCCUUCAAGACGGUCUACAAGGGGCUGGACACUGAGACCUGGGUGGAGGUAGCCUGGUGUGAGCUGCAGGACCGGAAGCUCACCAAGCUGGAGAGGCAGCGAUUCAAGGAGGAGGCCGAGAUGCUGAAGGGCCUGCAGCACCCCAACAUCGUGCGCUUUUAUGACUUCUGGGAGUCCAGCGCCAAGGGGAAGCGGUGCAUCGUGCUGGUGACGGAACUGAUGACCUCAGGGACACUGAAGACGUACCUGAAGCGGUUCAAGGUGAUGAAGCCCAAGGUCCUGCGCAGCUGGUGCCGGCAGAUCCUGAAGGGCCUACUGUUCCUGCACACCAGGACGCCCCCCAUCAUCCACCGGGACCUCAAGUGUGACAAUAUCUUUAUCACCGGGCCCACAGGAUCCGUGAAGAUUGGUGACUUGGGCCUGGCCACCCUCAAGAGAGCAUCAUUUGCCAAGAGUGUGAUAGGUACCCCUGAAUUCAUGGCACCAGAGAUGUACGAGGAGCACUAUGAUGAGUCCGUGGACGUUUACGCCUUUGGGAUGUGUAUGCUGGAGAUGGCUACCUCGGAGUACCCCUACUCAGAGUGCCAGAACGCUGCCCAGAUCUACAGGAAGGUCACCUGUGGCAUCAAGCCGGCCAGCUUUGAGAAAGUGCAUGAUCCUGAAAUCAAGGAGAUUAUUGGGGAGUGUAUCUGCAAGAACAAGGAGGAAAGGUAUGAGAUCAAGGACCUGCUCAGCCAUGCCUUCUUUGCGGAGGACACAGGUGUGAGAGUGGAGCUGGCCGAGGAGGACCACGGCAGGAAGUCCACCAUAGCCCUGCGGCUCUGGGUCGAGGACCCCAAGAAACUGAAGGGCAAGCCCAAGGACAACGGGGCCAUCGAAUUCACCUUCGACCUGGAGAGGGAGACACCGGAUGAUGUGGCACAGGAAAUGAUUGAGUCAGGAUUCUUCCAUGAGAGUGAUGUGAAGAUCGUGGCCAAGUCCAUCCGUGACCGCGUGGCAUUGAUCCAGUGGCGGCGGAAGAGGAUCUGGCCAGCGCUGCAGCCUCAGGAGCAGCGGGACCCCGGCAGCCCUGACAAAGCCAAGGGCCCCCCUACGCCACUGCAGGUCCAGGUGACCUACCACUCACAGGCCGGGCCACCAGAGCCUGAGGAGCCCGAGGCCGACCAGCACCUGCUCACUCCAGCGCUGCCGGCCAGCGCCACCUCCCUGGCCUCGGACAGCACGUUCGACAGUGGCCAGGGCUCCACAGUGUAUUCGGACUCGCAGAGCAGCCAGCAGAGCGUUGUGCUGGGCUCGCUGGUGGAUGGAGCACCACCCCCCGCCCAGUGUGUGUGCAGCCCCCCUGUGAGCAUGAGUGAUGGGCCUGUCCUGCCACACAGCCUGCCCUCACUGGGGACCUACCAGCAGUCUGCUGUGCCUGGCCUGUCAGGGGGCUCCAUCCUGCCCCCCACCCACCCUCCGCUCCCACAGCAGCAUUUCCCAGAGCCGGCCAUAACCUUCACUCCUGUACUGCCGCCACCCAGUGCCCCUGUGCCAACAGGCCCAGGCCAGCCCACACCCCCCACCCACCAGCCUCCUCUGCUGGCCCAGCCGGUACCCCUGCCACAGGUCCUGGCCCCACAGCCUGUGGGUGCUCUCCAGCCAAUGCCCCCGCACGUGCCGCCAUACCUGGCCCCAACGUCCCAGGUGGUAGCCCCUGCUCAGCUGAAGCCCCUCCAGAUGCCACCGGCGCCCCUGCAGCCACUUGCUCAAGUCCCUCCACAGAUGCCUCCGCUUCCGGUCGUCCCCCCCAUCGCCCCCUUGGCCACUGUCGACAGCCUCCCUGCAGCCCUCCCUGACCUGCCGGCCACCACAGGGCCUGCUGUGCCUCCCCCGUCUCAGUAUUUCUCCCCAGCUGUCAUCUUGCCGAGCCUUCCACUCAACGCCACCACUGCUCCACUGUCCUCAUCACCAGCCCUGCCUCUGCAGGCAGUCAAGCUGCCCCACCCAGCUGGGCCACCACUGGCCGUGCCAUGCCGGACCAUCGUGCCAAAUGUGGCGGCCACUGCCACCGCCAUCCCUCUUCUGGCUGUGGCCCCACAAGGCGUGGCCGCCCUGUCCAUCCACCCUGCUGUGGCUCAGCUCCCAGCUCAGCCUGUGUACCCGGCAGCCUUUCCACAGAUGGUGCCCAGUGAGGUCCCACCUUCUCCCCUCCACACAGUGCAGACUGUGCGGGCUGCCCCCCAGCAGCCGGCAGCCCCCAUGCUGUCACAACCCCACCAGCCACAGCCAAGUGUUGCCCGCCUUCCAGAGCAGACUGCUCCGGCUGCCAGUGCUGGGAGCCAGAUCCUGCUUGGCCACCCGCCUCCAUACGCCGUGGACAUCACCACCCAGGUCCCCACGGUGCCCGCACCUGCUGCCGUUCUUUCCCCACCUCUGCCAGAAGCGCUGCCGCCUGCUGCCCCCGAGCUCCUGCCUCAGCUCCCUGGCUCCCUGGCCCCCACAGUGGUGGCGGCUGCUCAGAGCUUGUCUGUCCAGACUACUGCGCUCCUGCCGCCUGCUAACUUGCCGCUGCCCAGCGGGCCUGGGGUCACUGGCCCCUGCCCAGCCGUUCAGCUGACGGUGGAGCCGGCCCCGGAGGAGCAGGCCUCACAGGACAAGCAGCCCAGCCUCCCUCAGAGCUGUGAGAGCUACGGAGGUUCCGACGUCCCUUCUGGAAGAGAAAUGAGUGACAGCUGUGAAGGUGCAUUUGGUGGGGGGAAGCUGGAAGGCAAGGCUGCCCGGAAACAUCACCGCAGGUCCACGCGUGCACGCUCCCGCCAGGAGCGAGCCAGCCGACCCCGGCUGACCAUUCUGAAUGUGUGCAACACGGGUGACAAGAUGGUGGAGUGUCAGCUGGAGACGCACAACCACAAGAUGGUGACGUUCAAGUUCGACCUGGAUGGGGAUGCACCUGAUGAGAUUGCUACCUACAUGGUAGAGCACGACUUCAUCCUGCAGGCCGAGCGGGAGACCUUCAUCGAGCAGAUGAAGGACGUCAUGGACAAGGCAGAGGACAUGCUCAGUGAGGACACGGAUGGCGACCGUGGCUCCGACCCAGGGGUGAGCCCGCCGCACCUCGGCACCUGUGGCCUGGGUGCCGGGGAGGAGAGUCGCCAAUCCCAAGCAAAUGCUCCUGUAUAUCAGCAAAAUGUCCUGCACACUGGGAAGAGGUGGUUUAUCAUCUGUCCGGUGGCUGAGCACCCAACAACAGAGGCUCCUGAGUCUUCGCCCCCACUUCCUCUGAGCCAACCAAGCCAAGACCCAGCGCCCUGUGCAGAGCCGCUGUCCUCAAAGGAAAAACCCAGCUUCCUGGCUGGUCCGCAGCUUCUGAGCCAAGCAGGCCCCAGGGACCCUCCUGGCGGUGCACCAGCUCCUUUGGUGCCAUCCUCCCCUCCUGUGACUGCUGUGCCCCAAGAUGUGGCCCUACCAGCCACCAGUCCUAAGCCAGAGCCAGCAACAGCGGCUGCCAUGCAGGCUGGGGGCCCAGGGACCCCUCAGGGGCCGGCCAGUGAGCAUAAGCACCCCCGGCCAUUAGUGGAAACUCAAGAUGCCCAGCUUGCUGCUCAGCCCCCUGGCAUGGUGCCAGAGCCUUGUGCCCCACCUCCAGAGGCCCCCCUCCACCCGCCAGGUCUUAGGGAUUCCACCUCAGCCAGAGAGUCCAGCACCAGGGGGGAGCCAUUGUUGGCAUCAGCUUCUGCAUCUGGUGCCCCUUGCGGGGCCCCUCAGCCCACCCUGGGCCAGCCCCUUCCCCCACUCCCCCCUGUGGUGGGGGCCAUCAGCCUGGCCACCCCUCAGCUCCCCAGCCCCCCAAUGGCACCCACUGCCCCACCUCAGCCCCCCUCGGCCUUGGAGUCAGAUGGGGAAGGGCCACCCCCAAGGGUGGGCUUCGUGGACAGCACCAUCAAGAGCCUGGAUGAGAAGCUGCGAACUCUGCUCUACCAAGAGCAUGUGCCCACUUCCUCAGCCUCGGCUGGGACCCCUGUAGAAGUGGGUGACCGAGACUUCACCCUGGAGCCCCCUAAAGGGGACCGGCCCUGCACAGAGGCCUCCGGGGGCGACCUGGCCCAGCUGCCCCAGCAUGCCAUGGAAAUGUCCGAAGUGACCCCUGGAUUAGGGACCACCUUGGAGCAGGCUGUGGCCUUGCCAGUGACAGCAGAAUCAUCUUUGAGCUACACGCUGGGCUGUGAGGGAGGACAGGUGGCCCCAGAUUUGCCCACAGCACCCAGCGCUCCUCAGGAUGCCCCUGCUCCUACCAUCCCUGCGCCUCCGGAGCCCACAGACCAGCCUGGCAGGGUCCCUGGGGAAACCUUGGCCAAGUCCACACAGAGCUGCCUGGGGACGUCGACUGAGGCUAGCCAGGACAGCCACCCCCAGACACAUGGCGCUCAGGUCUCGGGGUCUGCUCAGAAGUGGCCAGGGCAGCAUGACGGCAGUUCACCAGCCAAAACUGUGGGCCGGUUCUCGGUGGUCAGCACCCAGGAUGAGUGGACUCUGGCCUCCCCCAGUAGCCUGCGGUACUCAGCCCCACCUGAUGUGUACCUGGACGAGGCCCCCCACAGCCCAGACAUGAAGCUGGCUGUGCGGCGGGCGCAGACAGCCUCCUCCAUCGAGGUUGGCAUGGGCGAGCCCAUGUCCAGUGACUCUGGAGAUGAGUGCCCGCACCGAAGGCCCCCUGUCCAGAAGCACGCCUCCCUGCCAGGCAGCAGUGGGGGUGUGGCCAGUGACUUUGUGAAGAAGGCCACCGCCUUCCUGCAUAGGUCCUCUCGGGCUGACUCCCCAGGCCUGGAGACACCCAGCAGGACAGGCGUGAAGGUCCCCACCAUCAGUGUGACCUCCUUCCACUCCCAGUCAUCCUACAUCAGCAGUGACAACGACUCCGAGAUUGAGGAUGCCGACAUCAGGAAGGAGCUGCAGAGUCUGCGAGAGAAGCACCUGAAGGAGAUCUCCGAGCUACAGAGUCAGCAGAAGCAGGAGAUCGAGGCCCUGUACCGCCGCCUUGGCAAGCCGCUGCCCCCCAACCUGGGCCUCUUCCACACGGCACCCCCUGUCGGCCGCCGGAGGAAGACCAGCAAGGGCAAGCUGAAGGCGGGGAAGCUGCUGAACCCCCUGGUGCAGCAGCUCAAGGUCGUGGCCUCCAGCACAGGUCACUUGUCAGACUGCAGCAGAGCCCCUCCUGCUAAGGACCCUGCCCACGCUGGGACAGGGCCCACAGCAGCUUCAGACCCAUGUGGGAAGGCAGUUCAGACUCAGCAGCCCUGCUCCGUGCGGGCCUCCCUGUCUGCAGACAUCUGCUCCGGCUUGGCCAGUGACGGAGGCGGAGCGCAUGGCCCAGGCUGGACAGUGCACCACCCAACGUCUGAGAGAGUGACCUAUAAGUCUAGUAGCAAACCUCGCGCUCGAUUCCUCAGUGGACCCGUGUCUGUGUCCAUCUGGUCUGCCUUGAAGCGUCUCUGUCUAGGCAAAGAGCACAGCAGUCGGUCCUCCACCAGCAGCCUGGUCCCAGGCCCUGAGCCGGGCCCCCAGCCUGCCCUGCACAUCCAGGCACAGGUGAACAACAGUAACAACAAGAAGGGCACCUUCACAGACGACCUGCACAAGCUGGUGGACGAGUGGACAAGCAAGACGGUGGGACCCACUCAGCUGAAGCCGUCACUCAACCAGCUGAAGCAGACGCAGAAGCUGCAGGAGAUGGAGGCCAUGGCAGGCCGGCCCCCAGCUCCUGGCGAGGCACGGGCUAUGAACACGCCUCGAACAGCAGUGGGGACGCCGUGUCUGGCCCCGGCACCCAGCCCUCUACCCACCGUGGUCAUUCCUGGAGCUGCCCCAGCCCUGCCUGUGCCCAUGCCAGAUUCUGAAAGUGAGAAGCCCGACUGAGCCCAGGCAGGCUGCCAGACCCAGACGCCAGGCCUCCUGUCAUCUCACGCAGAGAAGGCGAACCCACGCCUCGUGUCCAGUUCACCAUGUUUUGUAACCACUUUCUAAGCAUUUUUUAUUCACAAUUGGAAACACAAAUGUAAGCAAGAAUAAAAAAUAUUUUGGGGGAAA